CAAACGAUACUUUUUCGAUAACACGAUGACGCACUCUCGGCAGACAAAACACCAGACUUCGCUGUGAAAAGAAAAACGCAAUUAGUAGAACUUUAAUUAAUUAUAAUUUGCGUUAAUAGAGGGAAGGAAAAGCGUAAAAGCAAGUAAACAAAAUGAGUUUCUUUGGCAAAAUGUUUGGUGGCAAGAAGGAGGUGGCGCCGACGACGGGAGAGGCGAUACAAAAGUUGCGAGAGACGGAAAAUAUGCUGAUAAAGAAACAAGAAUUUCUCGAGUCCAAAAUUGAGGAGGAGUUAAAUACAGCACGAAAGAAUGCAUCCAAAAACAAAAGAGUGGCUUUGCAAGCGUUAAAAAAGAAGAAGCGACUGGAGAAGCAGCUGCAACAAAUCGAUGGCACACUCUCCACAAUCGAGAUGCAACGUGAGGCAUUGGAGAGCGCCAAUACGAACACUGCCGUCUUGACCACAAUGAAGAAUGCAGCCGAUGCACUGAAACAUGCUCAUCAACACAUGGAUGUGGACAAGGUGCAUGACAUGAUGGAUGACAUUGCCGAGCAACAAGAUGUGGCCAAGGAAAUUUCCGAUGCCAUUUCGAAUCCGGUUGCCUUUGGCGCCGAUCUUGAUGAUGAGGAUCUGGAGCGGGAACUCGAUGAACUGGAGCAGGAGAACUUUGAUAAGGAAAUUAUUGGUAUACCGGAGCCAACGCCAACGUUGCCAGAGGCACCUUCCGAAGAUUUGCCCGAAAAGGCUAAGGAAAAGAAAAAGGCGCCACCUGCAACGACAGCUGCCAUGGCAGACGAUGAUGAUCCAGAUGUCAAGCAAUUGCUGCAGUGGGCCAAUUAAAAAUAAGCCUUUUGAAAUCUCCCCUUAUUUGUUUUCCAAGUUGUAAUCCAACAGUUUCUUUUGUUGCAAUUGAAUAUUCGGUAUAUUAAUUAAGAGCAAAUUCAAGUUGGCAUAAAUUCACUUUUGCACAUUAUCAUGCAUAUUAUAAAAAAAAUAGCAAUGUGAUUUUAUAUAUAAUAAAAUAGUCAGGCCACACACAACGUCACACACUCCCCAAAAAAAAAAGCAGUACACAAAACACUCUAUGAUUAAAGCAACAUUA